GCGAGACCGUUACAAUUCCAUCGUCACACUUCCACCAGCUCCUUGUUCUCCUGGACAUCCAUUGGUCAGUCCUCUCUCAGUUUGUUUGAAGAAUUCGAAUCCAGUCAACCAGAAUGGCGAUUAUCAAAAUUGCGUUGGUCUUUGUGACGUUGGCGGCUGUGGCUUACGCCACGGAGGUGGCCGAAGAGGUCGAGGAUUUGGAGUUGGCCGAGUCCAAAGGCAAGAAACACGGUGGAAGCAGCUACGGGUACGGAGCUUCCAGCUACGGCUACAGCGCACCCAGCUACGGCUACAGCGCACCCAGCUACAGCGCUCCUAGCUACAGCGCUCCUAGCUACGGCUACAGCGCACCCAGCUACGGCUACAGCGCACCCAGCUACAGCGCUCCUAGCUACAGCGCUCCUAGCUACGGCUACAGCGCUCCUAGCUACAGCGCUCCUAGCUACGGCUACAGCGCUCCUAGCUACAGCGCUCCUAGCUACGGCUACAGCGCUCCUAGCUACGGUUACAGCGCUCCUAGCUACGGCUACAGUGCGCCCAGCUACGGAAAGGGCAAAGGCAAAGGCAAAGGCAAAGGCAAAGGCAAAGGUGCCAGCUACUACGCCGCCCCCAGCUACGGAAGCUACGGCAGCAGCUACGGUGGUGCUUAUGGUGGUGCUUACAGCUCAGGAUACGGCAGCCACGGAUACGGCUACGGAGGCAAAGGAAAGGGAAAGGGCGGUUAUUAAUCAACCAUAUAAUCCAACCUCCGCAUCAUUACAUGCAUCACGUUUCAAUAUUUGUAAUCAUGUCUGUCCUAUACAAUACCCUCCCUUCCCGUUGUGAAGUGCAAUGAGCUCAAGACUAUUUUAAUAUAAAUACAAAUGUUAAUACACAAGUAUUUCUUCCACAA